GCGGUGCGUGUGUAUGUGUGUAUCAGAUCUUGUGUGUCGCGUCUACUGUUUUCUGAUUGGAACUAGAGGAAAAUUACCGACUAGAUUGUAUGACCCAUUUUGAUGAUCGAUUUCCCCAGAAUUCAGAAGCAUAUUUUUCUCUCUCUCCUCUCAGCGCCAGCCUGUCAACAUUUGUGAGGGUGGUGGUUCAAAGUGUCUAUUCGAGGGGGAAGUCUAAAACAAGUGAAGGUUAUUUUUGACCGUUUGUCUGGAGUGGAGGAAAAGUUUCCGUUGGAAAGGAUUAUGAAGAGAGAGCCACGCAGCUGAGACACAGGUGACUGAAGACGAGUCUGACUGUCACACCCUUCUAGGAGGCCUCCAAACCUUCCUCGUUCCCGUCUCUCUACCCCCCUUCCUCCCCCUCUCCCGGCAUGGAUCUAAAGGACCGUCGGGGGCAGCAGCACCAGCAGCGCUCUCUGACCAGGGCUCGUUAUGGUAAAGACCCCCAAUACACCACCUCUUCCCUGGACACGGAGGAGUGCCGCGUGACCACUCAGAAGUCCUACAGCUCCAGUGAGACGCUCAAGGCCUUCGACCACCACGACCAAAGGCUGGUCUACGGGGGCUGCACUGUAGCUGAUCUGGUGCACCACAAGGCAGAUGAGUACAACAGGCAAGGCGGUCACUUCCACACGCUGGCUGAACUUGGUGUUUGCGACCCAGCGCCUGUUCACCCUGCAGCCCCAACCUACUGUCCUGAGAUGGGCCUGCUCCAGAGGGGCUACUCCCUCAGCGCGGGGUCAGACCCUGAUGCAGACUCUGACCCAGAGGGGCACCUGUCCCCAGAGAGAGCCAUCCAGCUGUGGGGAGGAGGAACAGUAGGAGGACCAGGAGGAGGAGUGAAGAGCAGACACAGCUCAGGAUUGUCCAGCAGAGAAAACUCAGUGCUCACACUCACUGACUCAGACAAUGACUACAAGUCUGAUCAUGAAUCAGGUAGGAGAGAUAUUAAUUAAUUUGAAUUGUUGGUUGGU